GGCAGGACGGGGCGGAGCCCGGCCGGGAAGGGAAAAACGGAAGGCGAGGAAGUGAUGCCAAGUCGAAUUUGGGAGCCAGAAGCGGCGCGCGCGAACGCUGCGCUCGGGCGGCUGGCGGAGCGUCAUGGAAGUGCCUGCGGUGAACCUGAAGGCUAUUGUCCUGGUACACUGGCUGCUGACGACAUGGGGCUGCAUGGCACCGUGGUUGCCAAUUUCCUACCCGUGGGGUAACUUCACCAUUCUCGCCCUGGGCGUCUGGGCAGUGGCCCAAAGGGAUUCUAUUGAUGCAAUCCUCAUGUUCCUCACUGGGCUUCUGCUGACGAUCCUGACGGACAUAAUCCACUUCAGCCUGUAUUACCCUCCAUCGUCUUUGCUGCUCGACACCACCCGCUUCAGCGCCGGCAUGGCCAUCUUCAGCCUCCUCCUCAAGCCCUUGUCUUGCUUCUUCGCCUACCAGAUGUACCGGGAACGUGGAGGAGAGUAUGCCUUCAACCUAGGUGUCCUCAACGUCGGGCAGGACCGCAGCUCGUACCAGCCCAUCGACCACCCGGAGCCGCCGCGCCCUUACCCAGACGUGGCUACCAAGGCCCCCCCACCUCCCCCUUAUUGAGGCAUCCCCAGAACCGUCCAAAGAACACUGGGCCCUUUCCUUGCUGCGUUGGAGAAGAAAACAGUCUCCGCCACUUACCCCCAACCCCACUUCUUCCUCCCCACCAGAGGAAGCGUGGUUUCUAAAAACCAGUCCGGGGGAGGGGACUUCGGCGCCAAAGCAACCUGUGGCUUCUCGUUCCUCCUGAACGACUUGAGAGUUUUCUCUCAUGGCUUCUGCCGCAAAUCCAGAGCGCACCUUGGACGAUGUUUUAAAGUCUUUUCCCCGAUCCCAGAAAUGCAGAAAUUUCCUUCUGCAAUAGCAACGUUCUCUGUAUUUUUUUCCCAGCCACAUUGAUGCUGAUUGAUUGAGCCUCUCAAGGCUACCCUGGGAAGAGUAGCCCCUCCCCAAAUAAAACAGCCGCCCCCCCUUCACUAAGAGACUCUAGCAAGAGAGUUGUUAGCUGAAGGAUCUGUCUGCUUACAGGAGCCAGCUAACUGAUUAUUUCCAAAGAGCAACCCAACCCUUGUUGCUGCAACUGUGCCAUUUUUCUGCCGAUGAUUUGCGGCAGGCCCGCACCUUCUCGAUGUGUAGGUGUGCUGAUCGUUUUCUCUCUCAAAAAACACCUUUGUGCCUUCAAGAAAACACACAGCCUUCCUUUCUUCCUAUGAUCUUUGUAUGUAUGUGUGUAUGUUUGCUUGUUUUCCUAAAGAAAAUUAAAGAACCUUUUUAAUAAAAUG